UCCAAGAUUGUCCCAGGCGAUUGUGUAGGCGCUCUGUAGGUACUACCUAUAUUAAGGUAAGGUGCCUUUCUCUCUUCCUCCUCUCGACGUGAACCUGCAUGUCUCUCUCUCCCCUCAAGUGAUGACAUUAAGCCGGGGCCUCGAAGGCAUCAAUUACACUUCUCUCUUCCACAACGCAUUCAUUGGCCACGGGAGACUUGGACCUUUGACGCUGUGAUCCGACCCAGUCGUUGGACAGAUUCCGAGGACAUGGCCUCCGAAGCAGCAAAUACCGAAGCGCCUGUGGACGGUGGCGAUUCAGUCCGGAAUACCGAGUUGGAUGCCAAGCCCUCCGAUCACAACUCCGGCUCCGGCUCCGGCUCCGACUCCGAGCCUGCCCCGCAAGCAGCGCCGAAAGCAAAGCCGGAGUCUGAAUCUGCAUCUGCCCUCGCGUCCUUGACGCCAGAGGAGUUUCGCAUCUACAACCGUCUCGCCGACCAAAUGGACUACUUCCACGACCACUUCCGCCAAAUGUACACGACCCUCCACAUGGCCUGCACCACGGGCCGCCGCCCUGUCAACCUCACGCUGAAGCAGUUCAUUGACGAAGGGCUGCGCCUGGCGCGGUAUCUCGAAGGGCACCACUCCAUCGAGGAGACGCAUCUGUAUCCGCUGCUGGCGCGGAAGAUGCCUGAGUUUCGGGCUUCUUCUACUAGUCAUAAAAGUAGUAGUAGUAGUAGUAGUAGUGGUGGUGGUGGUGGUGGUGGUGGUAGUACUGCUAGGGGAAAGGGCAAUAGUGGGAAGGGGAAGAAGGAGGAGUGCGAGCUAAUCCGCCAGCAUCGCAUCAUUCACGACGGCAUGGAGGAGAUGGUCGAGUAUCUGCAGCGAUGCAGGAACAGGGAGUGCGAGCUCGAGUUGGGUGUGUUGAAGGAGAAGAUUGAACCGUGGGGGGCGGUGUUGCUGAGGCAUCUUGAUCAGGAGGUGAGGGAUCUGGGCGCGGACAAGAUGAGGAGACAUUGGACGCUGCAGGAGAUGAAGACGUUUCCUAUCUGAUGUUGUGGACGAGGGCGUGGAUGGGGUAUAGGGUUGGAUGGGAAAUUGAGGAGGUGGAGGUGGAGGAGGAGGAGAAGCGGCGAAAAGACUUCCAUGUCAAGUGUAUCAUGCGUGAGGGGUGUAAUGUGAAGUCGGUAUCAGUGUUGAUGUUAUCUACUUUAUACACUCUGGUUGAUUUAUUG